AUGGGUUGCUUGAAGCCUCUAGUCCUUGCUGUUCUUAUUAUCUCUUCCUUUGCUUUCGUUGCAGAGAGCCGGGUCUCCAGGAUGGACCUUGACUUAGGCCUGGGACUUGGCCUUGGACUUGGUGUUGGCGUAGGAGGUGGUGGUUCCGGUUCCGGCUCCGGCUCCGGCUCCGGCUCCGGUUCCGGCUCUGGCUCGGGAUCUGGUUCUGGAGCUAGUUCUUCUGCAGGCUCGGGUGCCAGCUCUUCUGCAGGGUCCGGCUCGGGAUCUGGAGCCAGUUCGUCCGCAGGUUCGGGUGCCAGUUCUUAUGCAGGUUCGGGUGGGAACUCGGGGUCUGGUGGAGGCUAUGGCGAAGGUCAUGGAUAUGGGUCUGGUGGUGGUGGAAACGGCAACUAA